CCAGACGCUCACUUCUCCUCAGGUUACCCCUCCACCCGCGCACGGUGGUUUCAGGUUACAGUCACCGAGCACGAGCAGCCGUUCUCCCUCUCUCUUUCUUUCUCUCCCGGAGGCGGAUGGCCGGGCGGAGCAGCAGCCUCUCCAUGGUCGCGUCGCACCGGCUGUUCGCGCCGGUGCACGCCGUCGGCGGCGCCGACCACGGCGUGGAGCUCGACGAGGCCGACGUCAUCUGGGGAGGCGGUCCGGCGUCGUCCUCGCCGUUCCAGACCUCCGCUGCGGCGGCGGACCCGUACGCGCGGUCGCCGCCGGUGGCCGCGCCGUCUAAGCCCAAGCCGCGCGGCGGGGGCGGCGCGGCGGGCCCUGCGUCGGUGCCGGUCAACAUCCCAGACUGGUCCAAGAUCCUCGGGGCCGAGUACGCCGGGAGCUGCGCGGGCGCGCGAAGGUGGGCGGCGCACGACGACCUCGCCGAGGACGUGGCGGGCUGCGGCAGCGGGGGCCGGCGCUGGGUGCCGCCCCACGAGAUGCUGCAGUGCCGGGAGCGCGCCGCGGCGUCCUUCUCCGUGCGCGAGGGCGCCGGGCGCACGCUCAAGGGCCGCGACCUCCGCCGCGUCCGCAACGCCAUCUGGGAGAAGACUGGCUUCCAGGACUGACCGAGUGGCAGGCAGCCCCGGCAAGCCAGCACCGCCGCCGCCCGCCUUGACGGCAACAGCAAUGCCCGCCGCGGCCUCGUUGAUCCCGUUCUCGCUUUGAGGAGGAAGGGAGAGACUAGCGUUCUCUUUGAUUAGUGGCCUCAAUCAUUAUGGAUUGAUUCGAUGAGAUUUUUUUUCCCCUUUGUUUUUUGUUCUUCGGAUUCUAGUCGUGAUCGAUGAGGAAGAGAGUAGAGAUUAAAGCCUCUGUUUUUGGCAUUUUUCCCCCGGAGAGGCUCGGUCGAUGUACUACCACCACUAAAAUUAAUUCAUCUUGAUUACUAGUAUCAA